CUAGUCUCCGAAGGGAGGCCAGGUGUGCUGUUCAGGCGUUCUCGGGGGUUAUCGAUUGCUAAGUUUUCUGAAUUGAAGUGUGCAGCAUUGACGAUUAAAAUAUCUGGACCUUCAGAGGAAUGACAGAGAACAAACGCAAGAUGAAGACUGUCAUGUGAAAUCAUUGUGCUUAUUCUUAUUUAACUAUCACCUCUCUACAAAUAUGGUUCUUUUGGAUAAAAUACUUUUUAUUUGAAAAUGGAUAUCCAAAGUACUCCGGUCAUGGACACAGCAUCCGCGCCCUUUGACUCUCGAGCAACAGAGGAACUGAGCAGUAAACCUCACUUCCGGUCUCUUUGGCGGGAAAAUUGGGUGUCGGUUAUGACUGAUUGUCUAGUGUUUGGAAGUUUUGGGAUGGGUGUAGCAAUACUUGGACCUACUUUAUUUGACCUCGGGUGUCAGACGAGCGCCAGUUUACGGGAACUACAAUGGGUGUUUUUUGUACAACUUCUGUUAACCUUAGUAGGUUCAGUGUCAGCCGGAUGUCUCGCACAACGAAUUGUCCCUGUCCACGUGCUUAUGUUGAUCGGGAUGAUUGGUCUCCCCUUCACCACGCUAUUAGUUCCCGCCUGUACCGAGUUUGGAGAACUCUUGGUAAAUCUAAUGUUGAUGGGAUGGUGUAUGGGUUGUAUAGACUGUGUUGCUAACCUCAGAAUGAUUUUGAGAUUUGGAACAAAUGUCUCUCCAUUUCUGCAGGCAAUGCACUUCUGUUAUGGUCUCGGAGCAUUCAUUAGUCCCAUGAUAGCUGCACCUUUUACCCUUGAUGUUGAUUGCUCUCAGCCAUCUCAUGAUAAAUUAACAAAAGACUUUGAAACAACAUCGAAUGUAAGCCAACCAGUAGUAUCAACGCAACCGUCAGUGUCACGUGCUCAACAUCUUAGCCAUUCAGAAAGAGCUUUCUUCAUCCUGGCUAGUAUCCAAUUUUUCUUUACAGCUGUUGUAAUAGUGGUGAUUAUUUUGGAGAAGAAGCAUAUUAUAUCAUCCGGAGCCGCGGUGUCUCAAUCAGUCAGCAUGGCGUCCGUUCGUUCUGAUUCAUCAGAUCAAAAUAUGAGGGAUAUAAGUGGACAAACCUACUGCUUCUGCUGUGGAACAAGAGAAAUCGUGAUAAUUAUUCUAAUUACUUCAGUAUCCCUGUUCUUCUACGACGGAUUGCAGUCCUCCUAUGCUGACUAUAUAUAUUCAUUUGCCGUAAAAAAUGUGAAAGGGUUGCAAAAAGGAGAGGGAGCGUACCUGAACGCUUGUUUCUGGGGAACCUUUGCCCUGGGCCGACUGAUCGCCAUUCCAUGUGCCACUAGACUGACUGCUACCUUUAUGCUCACCUGUAAUUUAGGUGGAUGUAUUCUCGCCCUUUUAUUCACAUUGAUAUUUCGAGGGAACCAUGUGAUAGCAUAUUUCGGCACAUGCGUAUUUGGACUCUUUCUAAGCAGCAUGUCACCAACUAUUAUGUCACUUACUGAACUAUUUAUUGACAUCAAUGCUCCUAUAGCCUCCUGCCUGGUAGUUAGUGCGGCCCUGGGUGAAACACUGUGUCCAGUUAUUGUGGGCAACCUGUUUGUAGCCACUGGUCCGCCAAGUUUCCUUGUAUUCUGUUUUGUGAUUGCUGUUCUAUCAGGACUUCUCUUUGGUGCUCUUUUCUUUUUUGGAAGGAAUACUCCAAAAUAUAGAGGGUUGAAGCCUGGAUCCUUUAUCUGGAUAACAAAGUUCGGAAAUCGCAAGGAAGAAACAAAUCCAUUUAAACCAAUAUCAGUCAAAUAUUAUUCUGAAAAGGACGAAUAUAAAAGGCAUUCCCCAGAAGGGGGAACAGAAUUUCCAAACAAUAUCUCUGAAAAUGCAAAACAAUACUGACAAGAAUGAUAGUAUUCAUAUUGUAUGUAGAAUGUCAAAUGUAUGUAUAAGGAAUUGUUUUGAUGUGUAUUUUAUUAUCUCAAACAAUGACGCCACGAAGUUAGAAAGGAGAGGUGAAUAGAUUGUAAUGGAGAACUAAAAAAACUUUUCUUUGUUUGAUUUGAUGGUUUGAAUCUAGAAUAUUUUUAAGAUUGAAAUGUUAGAAGUUUAUAUUUUAAGCAUAAUUGCUAUUUGGAGACACUUUUAUGUGUCUCAGAAUGUCUGCUAUAUAUAUGAGUCAAAUAAAAGUCACAUAAGAUGACUUAGUACUAUAUAUGUCAAAACGUUAAACACAUGUCUUAAAUAAAA